AUGGCCCUCGUUUUCAGAUUUCCAACGUAUCAUCCGACUUGGUAAGCUUCUCGAAGUUAUUUUUGUUCUCUACAAAGAGUCAAUUACGACUUUGAAUAAUUAUUUUCUGUAUAAAAUCUCAACUUUUAAUAUAACAAAAUACUCUUUCGCCUGCAUGCUUCGAUUGAUUCUUACUGAUGGUGUACUACAAUUUUUUUGGUUUUUAAAAUUCACUGUCGUCCCCAUGAUCAGGCGGGAAUAUCAUGUUUUGUAAUCUUCUGUUACUUUCUUGUUAUAUUUUAGGUUCAUUUUCCCUUUUAAGAUAUUCAGUCUUACAUGCGUACAUAAUUGAUCAAUGCAUAUAAGCAAUAGGACAGCCAUAGAGUAUCAAAAGCCUAUUCUGGAGACUCGAUCAGCAAUAAUUUCAGGCGGUUCGAAAACAUUUGCAGAUAUACACAUCGAGGCAGACAUUAAAGAUUUUUUACUUGGCAUUUUUUUUCCUGUGGAUUGGAGUUUCAGCAUUCAAAUUAUAUUAUAUAUAUGAAAUGUGAUUUGUUCAUAGUUUGAAUUAACACAUCUGUAUAUUUCUAUACGGAACAUUCACUAAAAAUAUACACUACUAGCACUGAGUAAAUCAGCUGCAAAUGCAAAAUCAAGACAUCGAUGUGUGUAUUAGACAGCUCAGUCUCAGAAAUCACGCAAAAUAACAAUUUCCUUUUGUUUCAUUUUCAGCUACAGCAGUUACUACAAUCAAGCCGUCCCAGGUUAUGGGCUUUUGCGUGACUUAUGGAGAGACAUAGCUCUCUCCUUUGGGGAUCAAGGGCGAGACAUAUGCUGUCAGCAAAGGAAACACUCCGGCCCAGUCACAAUCGCUACACUGCCACUCAACCAGUACAAACCAGAAGAAAUUUCACUGGAUGUUGAUGGAGAAAAUAUAACCUUACACGGCCAGCAUCGAUCCGAAGGAGAAGAUGGAUUUGAGAAUAGUGAGUUCAAGAAAAUCAUUAAGUUCCCGGAAGACGUAGAUCCCACAACAGUGACGUCACGUGUAUCUAAAGAUGACAGCUUUCUUGUCCUCGAAGGCAUCAAGCGUGUUGAACAGAAAACAAAAACAGACGACGACAAGUUCGUAGUAAGAUUGAAUCUGCGUGGAUUCAAACCAGAAGAAAUCAAGGUCCAUCUUCGUGGACAUGAGCUCACGGUCACAGGAAAACACAGAGCGGAAGAAGACGGUUCAUAUUUGUCACGUGAUUACAGCCGCCGCGUUUUGUUGCCUGACGACGCAGAACUCAGUUCAGUGACGUCACGUUUGUCCAAAGAAGGCUUGCUAACCAUAGAAGUGGCACGUGACCCAGCUCUGUUACCAAGUGAGAGAAACGUGGAACUUUCCAUGGAAGUUGAUCAUAAGCCACAUCCUGAAGAAAAAGAGCAACAACAACAAGGAGCAAGCGGUAACAGAGAAGAUUAG